CCACAUCAGCAUCUAUGAAAAUGACGGAAAUUAAUAAUUCGCAAAGAAUACCACAAGAAGUGAAAGAUUUCUUCAAAAAUAACUCGACGUGGUCGUUACUAAAGUUUCUUCAGUAUAGAGAGAGAACCGAAAGUUUCAUAUAUGAAAAAGAUAAGAAACAUAUGUUUUAUAAGAGCGCGUUGACCAUGAUUUCCGAUGAGCAAGCUCAAUUAUGUCUCCUCAAUUUUGAAGUUAAGUAUAUGAGAUGUGUAAUACCACAACCAGCUGGAUUCGUUCUGGCGGGUGAGAGAGGAGUUCGUCUUCUCUCGGCGCUCUUGAAUAUACUACGCGUUAGUUGCUAUGACGCAAUAGGUUGGAGGGAGAAAAUUUCUCAGAGUGUUGAUAAUUUCUGGAGUGAGAUCGAGAAAAAACAUUUAAAAGACAAUAUCGAAAAAGGAUCGUUAGGAUACAUCAUUGACGUUAUAGAUGAUUCGGCCGAGGAUUCCAAAAUUGCAAGGAAAUUUUUAUCCAACGAGCUAAAAUCAUUUGUAACAAGUUCUUUGAAGCGAGAUUGUUCACAUGUGGAAACUUCUCAAGAUCAUUCCAAUUUUCACACACCAGAUCACAGUAAGAAGACCAGAACAGACAUGUCCAAUCUCUCAUUCGAUGAGUACACCAAUGCUGUUAACGCCGUCAAUUCUGUUCAAAACGAUAAAGAAUCUGCCCACACAAACCCACUCUGGUGGGGUGUUCUAGACUUUCGUGAGGAGAACGUGUCUCCGAGUCCAAGCCUUCCCCGUGCAAAGAAUUUUCUCUCGGCUAAUGAAAUUGAUCGUUUGAUGAAUAUGACACAAAAUGCUAUUCAAGAAGAGAAUGAAAAGAUAAGUAAAUCAGCUAAAUCACUUUUAGAAGCAUUGUUAUUAUCGGAAAUCGUUAGCCUCCAACUUCUCGCAAAGGAAUGUGGUGCACGUGGAGUAGUCGGUAUACGUGAUCUUUUGCAAAGGUCUGCUGGUAAAAUGCAGGAUGUUGAUAAUAAAAAAACAAUUCAAAAUCAUCUCGCAAACGUAGAUGCUGAUGACGCUACAAUAUAUAUCGGGAGAUGCAUUGAGGACAGUUAUGAAUGGAUCAGUCGUUUUCAUGGACAAUGUCAAUCUGAACGAACCGUCGACAUGUUCCUUGUUGGGCCUUUUGCAAAAACCCCGCAAAAUAUAUUCACAUAUGGCGAAAACCACUCAGAUGCUGACCGCGGGGAUAAAACGGAUCGUUCCGGGACUAGUCGUGUUGGCAAAUCAUGCGAUUUUUUAUAUUGGAGCUCGUCUCGAGAAGCUGGCAAUGGUGAGAAUAGCGGGCCAACCCACAAGGAUAAUCAUGACAAGGCGAAGACAAACUUCGUUGAUACGAUCAAAGUUUCCAGAGCACAGCAUAUCGAACUUGAGCUUCAAAUUAUCGAACAGAGUGGGGAAAAUCCUCUGCCGGAGAGUCUACAAAAAGCAAUGACCGGAGAUCUGUACGGAGUUUGGGAUUGGGCCUCGGAGUACUUACCGAAAGAUGCAGAUGUGGGAGAAGUUGCUCUACUAUGUAAAAGAUUUUUGGUUUACGGGAAUCUUGUAGAACGUGUAGGACGGAUGUCAAACAUUCUUGCUAAGAGGUCUAAAACCUUUAAAGACAAAAUAAUCAGUGAGUCUUCCAAACCAACUGUAGAGCUAAAUAAAUUGCGAACCCCCCGUAAAGAAGCAAAGAUAGCAGAGUAA